CCCCGGACUUUUAUAAGAGUCGGACCGCGCUGUUUAUAACAGUCAUCUAGUCAACCGCUUUCUGAUAUUAAACCUCACUGUGUGUGCGCGUGCCGGUAUGAGAGUACUCGGGCUGUGUUUGUUUAGAGGCCGGAUGUGGGUCAGGGUCCCGGCCGUGUUUAGGAGAGCGCAGUGCGGGUACACACAGGGUCAGAGUCCUGAGCCGCGGAUCCGCGAGUACUUCUACUACCUGGAUCAUCAGGGACAGCUUUUCCUGGACGAUACGAAAGUGAAGAACUUCGUCACUUGUUUUAAAGAUCAACAGUUUCUGGUUUUCUUUUUCAAGCAUUUAAAAGUCAACCGGAGUGGCCGCUACCUGCAACGUUUCCCCUUCCUGUCAUUAUGUGGACGCGAGAGGAACUUCCUACGUUGUGACGAUCAGCCAAUCGUAUUUACGCAUCUGUUAGCCGAGACCGAGCACGGGACCCAACUGUCCUACUGUGGAGGUGGAACCAAACUGACCUUUCCUUUCCAACCUCAUUCCCUGUUCAUGCAUCCAGACAGUGGCAGAGUGUACCAUCCUGCUCCUGAGCAGGUAGGUGGCGUGGGAUUGGUACGCUCUGCGUUGGCCAUCGAGUUCAGUCCUCACUUUCACUACUCUUCAGGUCAAGACAGUUCUGCCCAGCCCACUCAUUUCCACUGGGCUGGACAGCAUUAUACACUGACUAAUGAGCUGUUUAGGCAUUUCACUGUGAAAUAAAAAGCAUCAUUUAGA